ACUAACUCAGUCCUCAAGUCUUCGCUGGAACUUGUGAGGGCAUCUGCAAACUCACGACGGACAAACAAACGGAAGUGAAAGUAAAGUUAUUUCCUAGUUCAGACACUUCUGCCGUCAAAGAGGCGCUAUCUGUGUACAAGACAUGAGCUCCUCUCCGUUGAACGCCGUCUUACUGGAGAUUUCUAACGAGUUGUCCCCAGAACAGCUGGAACAAAUGAAGUUCCUGUGUGAAGACAUCGGGAAAAAAGAGCUGGAAAAGAUCGACACCGGAACAAAACUGUUCCGGGUUUUGAAGGAGAGACGCAAGCUGGACCUCGACAACACAGAGUAUCUGUGUAAGCUUCUAACACAUAUCCGUCGAGAAGACCUCUCAGACAAACUGAAAGGCUUAAUUGGGAAGUCUGGGUCAACAAGCGCCGAACCGCCGGACACGGAGAAAGCCAAACUAAACAUUGCCACAGAGGUGAUUGCUGAGAAUCUGGGAAGGCAAUGGCGUAAACUGGGCCGCAAACUGGGUUUGACUGAUGUCAAACUGGAGUCCAUCUCCAAGAGGCAUCCCACAGACCUGGAGGAGACAGCUGUGGAGCUGCUAAAUGAGUGGAGGAGUAACCGAGGUGCUGAGGCCAGAGCAGAGGAUCUGAUAAAAGCCCUGAGAGCCUGCCAGCUCAACCUGACUGCUGAUAAAGUGGAGAACAGACUUGCAACCCCCGAAAGUUGAUUUUACGGAUCACAAAAGAGUGAAUUUUUUGUAAAGAAAUUAAAUAUCUGAUUAAAUAAUGAUAUUGCUCAGUUUUCAUGUUUAUAUCUGAAAAAACAGAAAAGUGAACUCAGUAAGAUUCUGAUUUAAUGCAAUUGCAAUGCUACUGAAAUGGAGAUUUAUGGAGGUGGUGGUGGUGGACUGUAUUAAAUGGAAAAGGCUGUUUUUCAGUUUCUUCUAAUGUGAA